CUCUGGCGGAGCGGGCCGUUGCACCGAAACCCGCGCUGUGAAGUGAGGAGGGAAGCGGCUAGCUCCGCCCGGCGGGCUCGCUGACCUGCCGGGGCGCCCCCUGGCGGCCGCGGGCCCGGCUUACGCCCCCGCAGGGCGGAGGAGGGUUCUAGCGACGGCGGAAGGGGAAGCGGGAGCGGAGCGCUUGGCAGGGGCCGGUGGUCCCCAUGUCGGCGCUAGCCCUGGAGGAGCUCUCGGCUCUGACGGCUAUUUACUGCCAGCGGGAUGAGUGCGCGGUGCUGGCCGUGUCAGAGACAGAUGGAAUCACAUUAAGAAUUCAAACCAGCGUAAAAGGACUUUUGGAUUCAGAUAUACUGUUAAAGCUGUCAUUUCACUUGCCGGUCAGUUAUCCCUCAAGCCUGCCGAAUAUCUCCAUUAAUUCAGAACAGCUUACAAGGGCACAGUGUAAGGAUGUGAAAGAAAGAUUACUUGAGCAAGCCAAGAGACAUCUUUCUGAACCCAUGGUACAUGAGCUGGUCCUCUGGAUACAACAGAAUAUUAAGCACAUCAUUGGGCAAUCAGAAACUUCAGUUUGCAAUGAAAAAAGUACUUUGUCAAGAUGCAUAAGUACAGAGGAUGGUAUAUGUACUAUCCUUUUGCAUUUAGAUCACAUGAGAGCUAAGGCAAAAUAUGUCAAAACUGUGGAAAAAUGGACUUCAGAUCUAAGGCUGACUGGAAGACUGAUGUUUAUGGGCAAGAUAAUACUGAUUCUUCUGCAAGGAGACAGAACCAGCAUUAAGGAAUACUUGAUUCUUCAGAAAACCUCUAAGGUAGAUGUGGACUCAAGCGGAAAGAAAUGCAAAGAGAAAAUGAUUAGUGUACUGUGUGAAACAAAAGUACAGACAGAGCAUAAAAGGUUUCAGGCAUUUGAAGUCAAAGAAUAUUCAACUUUGGAUGAGCUACAAAAGGAAUUUGAAGCUGCAGGACUUACUGAUCUUUUCUCUGAAUUUGUGCCUGCUUUGUUAAAAUAAAUUUGUAAGAAAACAUUGGAAUCUUUGACUAUAGCAGCAGUUGACUGUAAAAAGUGAGAAGAUAAAAUGAAAUGUUUGUUGGGGAACAUCUUUAAAGCCGCUCUGGAGCAAAAUGCCAAAGAAGAAGACAUCUACUUGCAAGAAACAAAAGGCAAUUCACAUGUUAUGAAAAGAUCAUGUUUUUGACUGUGCAUUGACUUUUGACAGGAAAUGCUGAGUUUAACAGUUAACAAUAUGAUGGAUGGUGGGGAAAAAUCACCAUUCCUUUUCUCUGAGGUUCAGUUAGAAUUGUAUCAUCUCCAGUUGUCCUGUAAUUAAAGUAUAUUUGUCAAGA